UUCAAAGAAAUAUACAAUGGCCUUUUACAAAGUUGGUAUCCUUUCUCUCCUCCUAUUGUCUGGUAUAUUUCUGUUGGGAAUUGAGGUGGAAUAUGGAAAUGCUCAGAAGAUGUGUCUCCAGGUUUGUCACAAUGAAGUUGCUUACAUGACUUGCCCCUCUUCAGGAGAUGAGAAAAUUACUGAAGUAUGUGUCAACUGUUGCACAGCAGAUGAAGGCUGUAAAUUAUUCCGCGCUGAUGGAUCGUUAAUUUGUACUGAAACCCCUGAAUAA